GGGCCUCUGACUUCGCGGACGCCCCGUCCCGGCACGUGUCGCCCAGCGCUGACAUGUGUGCGGCGGCGGAGGGAUCGGCAUCGGCGCCGGCCGCCGUACGAUGCUUCGCUUUGCUCGCACGCCGGUGCGCUCUCAGGAAGCACGAACACGUCAUCGCCCCGCGCCCCCGUCUUUAUCAGCAAGCAGCUCCAUCUAGAGACACCCGCAGGCGCGGCAGUCGUAUACGCGCGAGCGCGAUCCUCGUAUCAGCUAUAGCCCAUCUCGAGUAAUCCGGGGAUGGAGGACGCCGGCGGCGGGAGGAGGCAGCAGGAGACGGCGGCGUCCAAGGCGCAGAGGGGGGCCGUGGCCGCAGGCAUCUCCGUGCACGAGUGGCUGCAGCACGUCAAGGCCUCCUUCCUCGGCCUGGUCCGGAAGGUGACGGCGAGGAGCGAGCAGGAGGCGGCGGAGGCGGACAUGCUCGCGGCCAAGGCGCAGGUGGAGGCGACCGACGAGGCGGAGGCCAAGAAGCAGAAGCUCGCCGAUCACUGACGAAUGAACCCGACAUGUGUAGAUUGGACUAAAAACUAGCACCUCGCUGUUUGCUUUUGCUUGGUGAUGUUUAUUGUUUACCAGAGUAGUAGCUGAAAUAGUAUCGUCGAUCGUACGAUGGUGACAGAUUCUGGACUUGCUCGCAUUCUGUUAGGUCGUGGUAACAUGAACCAACUACCAUUAUCAUCGUAAGAAGAACUGUGUGUUAUUCAGUGUUUAGCUUGGAUCAGAUGAGCGCCUAAUAAUC